UGUACAAACACAACUUUAUUAACACUGUACAAACACAACUUUCUGUGUGUUGUAGGUGGGACAUGAUGGUCUUCUUCAUGUGUCACUGUCUCGCCUGGUUUAUAUCCGACUACAUCCAGCUGACUGGAGUCCAGGGCGGCCCGCUGUGCUUCUCCAAGCUGGACUUCGCGGUGGCGUGGUUCAUCAGGGAGUCGAUGGCGGUGCAGAUCUUCCUGUCGGCUCUGUGGGACCCGACCAUCAGCUGGAGGACCGGACGCUACCGACUGCGCUGCGGCGGCACCGCAGAGGAGAUCCUCGACGUCUAGUUACUACGGCAACCGGAGGAGAUGAGAGAAAGAGACUGACGUUUAUUUGUUUUUGUUUUUUAUGAUAAAAAACUGAAGAGAGAAAGAGAGUGUGUGUGUGUGUGUGUGUGUGUGUGUGUGUGUGUUUUAACUAUUUAUGUUCCUUUUUGGUGCUAAAACUGAACGAUGCCAGAACAAGCCAAUGAGAGUGCAAGAAAAACAAAACAAACGAAAAAAGGAUAAACGGGAGGGAGUGAAGCAUCGCACUGAAUAAAACCAAUCAGCCAAUCAGGAGAGAGGAGGAAGGAUUCUCUCUUCUCAUUGGCUGAUUUCUGAAGUGUUUGUAUGGAAGGAAAAGAGAGCUUGAAUAAUCGAACCACAGUUUAUAGUAUUUAUUUGGUGUACAGUGUUCCCCUCAGAAAUACAGCCUGUGGUUAAAUUCCACCUUCAGCUUCCAUAGGUUCUGAGAAAAAAUUCUGUUUUGGCCCAAAAAAACAAAACUAAGAGCUGCGUGCAGCAAAGGAAACAAAGCAGAGACAUUUUCUGUCUAUGAAUCCAUGUGGUGUAAUUAUUCUGAUUAUGAGGAAAUGAGCACAGGAACUGUUUCAGGAUUUCAGGAAGUGCAGCUGCGCCUUUAACGGGAAGAACCAGGAACUAAAGAAAACUUCCUGCUACGAGAAGAAUGUGAGCGUUUGUGUCACCUGAAUAAAAUGACAGAUUGAUCUACUCAACUAGAGGGAGAAACUACGGUGGCUGUGAAAGGUCCUAUUUAGAGCCAGUGUUGGGUUUGUCCUUUCUGGGCUACUGUACAAACAUGGUUCAACAUGGCGGACUCCGCCGGCAGAGGCAAACACACAAUGAUUGUUAUUGUCAGCUGAUUAAACCUAUAGAUAUUAAUGUGAUAUGACUGUAAUAUAACAGUAUCACAGUUAUAUCACAGUCAUGUGACACUGGAGCUUUAAUCAUAAGUCCUGAGAGCUGCUGAAGAGACUUCCUGUUUACUUCCUACUGAACUCUAUCAGAAGAAAAUGUCUCUGUUUGUUCCUCUGUUGAGUGCAGAUAUUAACCUGUAUAAUUGAUCAUCAAUAUGAAGGCUAUUGAUUGGCCCAGCUGUGAGUGAAAAACAAAUGUGAAUACAAUCAGCCAAUCAGGAGAGAGUGAAUUCUGUCUGUUCGGCUGAUUUUUGUUGAGUUCAGAAUUUUUUUUGUAAUUCGGUCGUCGGAACGUCGUAAUCUUUACGAAACCAUCUGAGAAUUAGGAAAAAAAACUGUUAUUUAUUAUUUUGUCAUUACGGAAUCAAUAUCUCAUCCUGAAAUAAAAUCUUUAGUUUAUUUGAAUUAUAAAAUGGAUGAAAAAUAAAAUCUGUUUAUGACAUUGUUUAUUUUUACUUGAACACGUCUCUUCAGUUCCUGCGGGAAGAAACGUUAACUCAGUCUGCUCGACGACGUAAUUCAGUCCGAUCACAGCCGCCCUCGGCUCCGAAUCUACAGGUACCGGCCCCGAGUCGGACCUCAACAAGCAGUCAUUGAAACGAAGAAGGUGUAAUUAUAUUAACAUCAGUGUGUCCUUGUUACCAACUCACAUUGACAACAGGAAGUCUUCAUCACAAAACUGUCUUAAGUUAUUUUCUUCAGUGGAUGCGUUUCUGUAGCGAAAUUAAAUGUUGAGUUGCCAUGGUAACUGUGACAAAACCCGAAACACUCGGCCAAUGAACGGAGAGAAUUCAUGUUUGUUUGAGAAUCUGUUUUUCUUUUUUACGUUUUUUUAUUAAACUUUUACCCUGAAAAACCCUUUUACCCUGAGCUUCCUCCAGCAGGAUUCAGCACUGAUGAGCUCCAGUAUUCUGCUCAACGGUCGACACAUUUCACCCCAAACCUCAAACCAACACAUCAGACACAGUAAACAGUAAACAGGACCAAAUGAAAAAAAAUCCACAUUUCUGAACUUUUGUUUUGUUUUGCAGUCGUUAGAGAGAGUGUGUGUGAGUGUGUGUGUGUGUGUGUGUGUGUUUUUUAAAACCAUGUUGCUUUGCUGUUAGCUGUUAGCCUCAUUGGGUUCGGUUGAUGACAUCAGCUUCAGUCGGACGAACCCGGCGCUGUCGUCCAAUAGGAUCGGUGGGAUCACGUUUGUUUAUAGCUGUUGUUUUUUUAAUUAGUCUGCUGUAGUCUGCGAAACGACCAAUCACAGUGAAGGAUUGUGUCAACAGGAACAAUAAAGUUUUAUCCUUUCAAAAGCUGAA